AGGUCUAUUAAGAGUGUUUCUGAGGAACUGGACACAGGGAAAGCUGAGAGACUGGAUCAGGAUAAGAGAUCAGACUCACCUGAACCCAGCUGUGUCUCCAUGAAGAGUGAAGAGUCAAUGGGUAAACUUAUAAACUUCAGAGAGGAUAACAGUUCUGCUGAUCUCAGACUGGAUCAGGAUAAGAGAUCAGACUCACCUGAACCCAGCUGUGUCUCCAUGAAGAGUGACCGGUCAAUGGGCAAUCCAAUAAACUUCAGAGAGGACAACAGUUCUGCUGAUCUCAGAGUCCAGAAGGAGACUCCAGAAAUCAGCAGGAGAAAUAUGGACUCCAUAUUAAAGGAACUGGAGCACAAAGUCAUCUCUCUGGUAAAGAACCAGCUGAAGAGGUUUGUGAAGGUCCUGAAGAAUCUGGAUUACCCAGCAUGCUCUGGGAAAGAGGAGGAGGAUGAGGAGGAUCAGAGUGGUGUCAGAGAGGGAGCGCUGAAGAUCACACUGCACGUCCUGAGAAACAUGAACCAGACAGACCUCGCUAACAAACUGCAGACCAAACUGGCUCCUUCCUGCCACCGAAAGCUCAAAUCAACACUGAAGGGAAAAUUUGAGAAAAUUAAUGAAGGAAUGACAAAUCCUGAAACCUCAGUCCUCCUGAAUCAGAUCUACACAGAGCUCUACAUCACACAGGGAGGGGGUGGAGAGAUCAAUCAGGAACAUGAAGUGAGACAGAUAGAAGAUGCAUCCAGGAAAAGGACAACACAGGAGAUUCCCAUCAAAUGUAACGACAUCUUUAAACCAUUACCAGAACAGAACCGGUCCAUCAGAACUGUGCUGACUAAAGGAGUUGCUGGAAUUGGAAAAACAGUCUCUGUGCAGAAGUUCAUUCUGGACUGGGCUGAAGGAAAAGUAAAUCAGGACGUCCUCUUCAUUUUCCCUCUUCCUUUUAGAGAACUGAAUCUGAUGAAGGAGAAGAAGCUCAGUCUGGUGAAUCUUCUUCAGCGCUUCUUCCCAGAAACACAAGAUUUAAAACCAAGACAUUAUAAGAGCUACAAGAUCAUGUUCAUCUUUGAUGGUCUGGAUGAGUGUCGACUUCCUCUGGAUUUCCAGAACAAUGAGAACUUGGUGGAUAUAGAAGAACAAACCUCAGUGGAUGUGCUGCUGACAAACCUCAUCAAGAAGAACCUGCUUCCAUCUGCUCUCCUGUGGAUAACUACUCGACCAGCAGCAGCCAAUCAGAUCCCCCCUGACUGUAUAGACCAGGUAACAGAGGUACGAGGGUUCAGAGACCCUCAGAAAGAGGAAUACUUCAGGAAAAGGAUCAGAGAUCAGAGCCUUGCUGAAAGAAUCAUUACACACAUGAAGUCCUCCAGAAGCCUCUACAUCAUGUGCCACAUCCCAGUCUUCUGCUGGAUCUCAGCCACUGUUCUAGAGAGGAUGUUGGGUGAAGCAGAGGGAGGAGAGAUCCCCAAGACUCUGACUCAAAUGUUCACACACUUCCUGAUCUUUCAGAUCAAACACCGCAGCCAGAAGUACCACCAUAACAGUGAGGAUGAUCUUAAGCAGACUAGAAAGAUUAUUCUGGCUCUGGGAAAACUGGCUUUCCAACAGCUGGAGAAAGGAAACCUGAUCUUCUACGAGGAAGAUCUGAAAGAGUGCAGCAUUGAUGUGAAAGAAGUGUUCGUGUACUCAGGAGUGUGCACCCAGAUCUUCAGACAGGAAUCUGAACUUCACCUGGGAAAGGUCUUUAGCUUUGUACAUCUGAGUGUUCAGGAGUUUCUGGCUGCUUUAUAUGCGUUUCUCUCCUUCAUCUCCAACAACAGAAAUGUUCUACCUGGAGUUUUGGAUUUCUCCAAAAAGGAAACGAUGUCUGACUUCCUGAAGAGAGCCGUGGACGAGGCCUUAAAAAGUAAAAACGGACACCUGGACCUUUUCCUCCGAUUUCUUCUGGGUCUCUCACUGGAGUCCAAUCAGACUCUCUUACGAGGUCUUCUGAUACAGACAGGAAGCAUCUCUCACAGUAAAGAGGAAGUAGUGGAGCACAUCAAGCAGAAGAUCGAGGAGAAUCUCUCUCCAGAUAAAACGAUCAGUCUGUUCCACUGUCUGAAUGAACUGAAUGAUCAUUCUCUAGUGCAGCAAGUCCAACAGUACCUGAACAGAGGAGGAGGAUCCAGAGGAGGAGGAUCCAGAGGAAGAGGAUCCAGAGGAAGAGGAUCCAGGGGUCUCAGUGGAGCUAAACUCUCUCCUGCUGAGUGGUCAGCUGUGGCGUUUGUGAUGCUGAAUUCAGAAGAGGAUCUGGAUGAGUUUGACCUGAGUAAAUUUCAGAAAUCAGAAGAAUGUCUUCUGAGGCUGCUUCCAGUGGUGAAAACAUCCAGAAAGAUUGUGGUGUAUGAUUGCAGUAUUACAGAGAAAGGCUGUUCUGCUCUGUUUUCAGUUCUGAAAUUAAACCCCUCCCACCUGAGAGAACUGAGUCUGGCCUACAGUAAACCAGGAGAUUCAGGAGUGAAGCUGCUCUCUGAUCUACUGAUGGAUCCACUUUGUAAACUGGAGACACUACAGCUGGAAUUCUGCAGUAUUACAGAGAAACACUGUGCUGAUCUGGUUUCAGCUCUGAAAUCAAACCCCUCAGAGCUACGAGAGCUGAAUCUGAGCUACAAUAAACCAGGAGUGAAGAUGAUCUCUGGUUUACUGGAAGAUCCACGCUGUAAACUGGAGAAACUACAGCUGGAAUUCUGCAGGAUUACAGGAGAAGACUGUGCUGCUCUGGUUUCAGCUCUGAAAUUAAACCCCUCCCACCUGAGAGAACUGAAUCUGAACUACAAUAAACCAGGAGAUUCAGGAGUGAAGCUGCUCUCUGAUCUACUGAAGGAUCCUCACUUUAAACUGGAGAAACUACAGAUCUGUGACUCUUCAGAAUUACGUGAACUAAAUUUAAACGACAAAAAUUUAGGAGAUUCUGGAAUGAAGCUGCUCUCUGAUCUACUGGCAGAUCCUCACUGUAACCUGGAGAAACUACAGCUGGGGUGGUGCAGUAUUACAGGAGAAGACUGUGCUGCUCUGGUUUCAGCUCUGAAAUUAAACCCCUCCCACCUGAGAGAACUGAAUCUGAACUACAAUGAUCCAGGAGAUUCAGGAGUGAAGCUGCUCUCUCAUCUACUGAAGGAUCCUCACUUUAAACUGGAGAAACUACAACUGGAGGACUGCAGUAUUACAGGAGAAGGCUGUGCUGCUCUGGUUUCAGCUCUGAAAUUAAACCCCUCCCACCUGAGAGAACUGAAUCUGAACGACAAUAAUCCAGGAGAUUCAGGAGUGAAGCUGCUCUCUGAUCUACUGAAGGAUCCUCACUUUAAACUGGAGAAACUACAGCUGGAGGACUGCAGUAUUACAGGAGAAGACUGUGCUGCUCUGGUUUCAGCUCUGAAAUUAAACCCCUCCCACCUGAGAGAACUGAAUCUGAGCUCCAAUAAUCCAGGAGAUUCAGGAGUGAAGCUGCUCUCUGAUCUACUGAAGGAUCCUCACUUUAAACUGGAGAAACUACAGCUGGAGGACUGCAGUAUUACAGGAGAAGACUGUGCUGCUCUGGUUUCAGCUCUGAAAUUAAACCCCUCCCACCUGAGAGAACUGAAUCUGAACCUCAAUAAUCCAGGAGAUUCAGGAGUGAAGCUGCUCUCUGAUCUACUGAAGGAUUCUCGCUGUAAACUGGAGAAACUAGAGCUGGUGUGGUGCAGUAUUACAGGAGACGGCUGUGCUGCUCUGGUUUCAGCUCUGAAAUUAAACCCCUCCCACCUGAGAGAACUGAAUCUGAACUACAAUAAUCCAGGAGAUUCAGGAGUGAAGCUGCUCUCUGAUCUACUGAAGGAUCCUCACUUUAAACUGGAGAAUCUACAGCUGAUGAACUGCAGUAUUACAGGAGAAGGCUGUGCUGCUCUGGUUUCAGCUCUGAAAUUAAACCCCUCCCACCUGAGAGAACUGAAUCUGAACCACAAUAAUCCAGGAGACUCAGGAGUGAAGCUGCUCUCUGAUCUACUGAAGGAUCCUCACUGUAAACUGGAGAAACUACAGCUGAAAUUCUGCGGUAUUACAGAGAACCACUGUGCUGCUCUGGUUUCAGCUAUGAAAUCAAACCCCUCAGAGCUACGAGAGCUGAAUCUGAGCUACAAUAAACCAGUAGUGAAGAUGAUCUCUGGUUUACUGGAAGAUCCACGCUGUAAACUGGAGAAACUACAGCUGGAAUUCUGCAGGAUUACAGGAGAAGACUGUGCAACUCUGGUUUCAGCUUUGAAAUUAAACCCCUCCCACCUGAGAGAACUGAAUCUGAAUUACAAUAAUCCAGGAGAUUCAGGAGUGAAGCUGCUCUCUGAUCUUCUGAAGGAUCAUCAUUUUAAAUUGGAGAAACUAAAAAUCUGUGACUCUUCAGAAUUACGUGAACUAAAUUUAGGCGUUAUAAAUUUAGGAGAUUCAGGAGUGAAGCUGCUCUCUGAUCUACUGGAGGAUCCUUACUGUAACCUGGAGAAACUACAUCUGAGGAACAGCAGUCUUACAGGAGAAGACUGCGCUGCUCUGGUUUCAGCUCUGAAAUUAAACCCCUCCCACCUGAGAGAGCUGAAUCUGAGCUACAAUAAUCCAGGAGAUUCAGGAGUGAAGCUGCUCUCUGAUCUACUGACAGACCCUCAUUUUAACCUGGAGAACCUACAACUAUGGGAUUGUAAUCUAUCAGAGAAAAGUUGUGCUGCUCUGGCCUCAGCUCUCAGCUCAAAUUCCUCAAGUCUGAGAGAACUGGACCUGGGUAAAAAUGAACUGCAAGAUUCAGGAGUGAAGCUGCUCUCUGCUGGACUGAAGAGUUCACACUGUAAACUGCAGAAACUGGAACUGAUGGGCUGUAGUAUUACAGGAGAAGGCUGUGCUGCUCUGGUUUCAGCUCUGAAAUUAAACCCCUCCCACCUGAGAGAACUGUAUCUGAACCACAAUAAACCAGGAGAUUCAGGAGUGAAGCUGCUCUCUGAUCUACUGAAGGAUCCUCACUUUAAACUCGAGAACCUACAGCUGGAGUACUGCAGUAUUACAGAAGAAGGCUGUGCUGCUCUGCUUUCAGCUCUGAAAUUAAACCCCUCAUACCUGAGAGAGCUGAAUCUGAGCAACAGUAAACCAGGAGAUUCAGGAGUGAAGCUGCUCUCUGAUCUACUGAAGGAUCCUCAUUUCAAACUGCAGAAACUAAAGCUGUGGAGGUGUGAUCUAUCAGAUAACAACUGUGCAACUCUGGCUUCAGCUCUCAGCUCAAAUUCCUCAAGUCUAAGAGAACUGAACCUGGGUUUUAAUAAACUGCAGGAUUCAGGAGUGAAGCUGCUCUGUGCUGGACUGAAGAGUUCACACUGUAAACUGCAGGAACUGGAGCUGGUGAGCUGCAGGAUUACAGGAGAAGGCUGUGCUGCUCUGGUUUCAGCUCUGAAAUUAAACCCCUCCCACCUGAGAGAACUGGAUCUGAACUUCAAUAAUCCAGGAGAUUCAGGAGUGAAGCUGCUCUCUGAUCUACUGAAGGAUCCCCACUUUAAACUGGAGAAACUAAAAAUCUGAACACCUGACCUGCUGUUACCUGCAUACCCUUUCUCAAACUCCUCCCAUCCCACUUCUGUAGCCUCUAGAAACGUCCAAUCUCCUGCUUUAAAAAUGUACAGGACUCCUACAAAAUGUUUUAAUAUUUAUAAAGAUCUGCUUUGUUAAUUCUGUUUAUGUUCAGUUAUGAACUUAUGCUGAAGCUUCUCUAAGUCUGGUCCUUCUCAAACAUCAGCUUCCACAUCCAAGUUCCUGAAAGCGAAGAAGACCAAGGUGCUCCAGGAUUGGCCAGACCAGUCACACACAAUAUUAAUUACAUUUUCCAAUGAACCAUGACUUUACGUUUUAGUGUUAUUGUACCACGUUAGUGUAUUCAAAACAAGUACAUGUACAGUAUAAUUUCAACAUUAUACAUAUAUUUUUGUAAACUACAAUGUCCAAGUCUUCACUGAGUCUAAUAAACCUCAAUGAAUGAUGCUAAACUUUAUUUUGAUUGUAUUAGUACAGAAAAUGUUUGUUACAUUAGGUGAAUGUUUGUCUUUUUAUACUAAACCAAUCCAGCAACGUAAUGCCUAAAAUAUUUUUUUAUCGUCCACACAUUUGGAGUUCAUUUAGAGUCAAUUUGGGCUAAUCUGUUUCUUACAUAUAAGAAUAAAGUGAGAUGAGGAUUUAUUAGAGGAAAUGCAAUCAUAUUUCUCUUAAAAAUAUUUU